GUUUAGUGCACGUCCCACGCCCAUUUUUUACAUAGCUGGAGCUCCUCUGUCACUUCUCUUGGCUAUUCUUUUUUUCCAUAUUUUGUUCCUGCCAAGAGAUGACUACUGCUAUCCAGCGGUUUAUCAAUCACCCAGCCGGCCCAAAGACCAUCUUCUUUUGGGCUCCAACAUUCAAAUGGGGUCUUGUAAUUGCUGGCUUGGCUGAUAUCAAUAGACCUGCUGAAAAACUUAGCCUGAACCAGUCUACAGCUUUAGCAGCUACUGGCAUAAUAUGGUCUCGAUACUCAGUCGUUAUAAUUCCAAAGAAUUACAAUCUUUUGAGUGUCAACAUGUUUGUUGCUUGGACUGGAUUGUAUCAGCUGUAUCGAAUCUACAAAUAUCGCUCAGGACAAAAUGCAGCUGCACCAUCUCAAUGAGAAAAGGAAAUGGGUGGACUGUUUUUAUGUUUUAUUUGUAGUAAAUUAAUGUGCUAUGUUGUAUUAGAAUGAUAUAGAUGUCAUUAUAAUAAUUAUUAUACAUUGUUCAUGUCAAAUGUCACUCAC